GUGUGUGUAUAUAUAUAUAUUUUAAGAUAGUAUAUAUAUAUCCUUAACAUCAUUUUAUAAUUACAUUAAACUUGAAGGACAAAAGUAUAAAUUGGAGAUAGAAGCCGAAAGGUCCAAAGACUACUACUACUUCACUUCGGCAUAUCUCUUUUCUCAAAAAUGGCUUCCUCUUCAACAUUAUCAAAAAAUCAAAAAAUGGCUUCCUCUUCUGUGCCUUCACUGAUGAAAGACGAAGAGCCGAGAAACUGGGCGGAGCUUCCAUCGGAGUUGACGUUUUCGAUACUGAAUCGGCUUGGUGCGAUUGAUAUUCUUGAAAAUGCUCAGAAAGUGUGCACAUCGUGGCGUCGCGUCAGUUUAGACCCCUUGAUGUGGCGAAAGAUUGACAUGCACUACCUCGGAGACAUGGGAAGCAUGAUAUAUGACUUCGAGAGCAUGUGUCGUCACGCAGUUGAUCGUAGUCAAGGUGGUUUGGUUGAGAUCGAUAUUUGGCACUUCGGUACUGAUGAUCUCCUCAAUUACAUCGCUGAUAGGUUCUGUCUCUUCAUCUCUCUCUUUCUCUGUGACUCAAAAGCACGUUAAAAUAUUUAAUAUUGUUAGCUUAUGAUUGUUUGUGAAGGAUUUUGUGACACUCUUGUUAUGUAGAUUUGUCUUGUUUCUUUCCUUAUAUUGAUUCUCCGAUGAAUGCACUUUGGAGUUUGGACAUUGAGUUACUUGUGAACAUGUACGCAAUGCAAGUUAGAAAUAAAUUUUGUUGAUGAAGCGUACUCUAUAAGAUUGAAUUGAAUGUGCAUGUUUUGAGACUGUUAUUGUUUAGCUUUUAU